AUGAAUUAUGCAAAUGUCUGGUGUCUUAAGUUUUAUUAUGCAGAAUAUCAUUCGCGUUCUUUAAUGAAUCACAAUAGUUUGCUUAUCGGCAAGGAUGAAAGUCUUGUUAUGGAAGAUAUAAAACACAUUUUAGUUCAACCUUCAAGCGAUCUAAAAACGAAUGCAGUACACGCGAAAUAA